AUGGACACUGAAGAGCAUAGACGUAGACAAGCCGAAGUUGCACUACUAGAAAUUUUCCAACGAGGUCAUUUGCGUGAAUAUUUUGAAGAUUUAAGUCUUGACGAACAAUUACAAGAAUUAGAUCGGUUGGAACGGACCCUUAGACAAAAUGGAAUCCUACUACCAUCAAACUACAACAACAGCAACAUCACAGAAAGAAGAGGACCAUUUUAUAUCGUGUGGUUAUUUGAUCAUAUACCUGUUCCUAUUGUGAAUUUCGUUUUCAUUUAUCAGAAUGUAACCUGGCCAAAUAUUAUCGAUUGGAUAUUUAAUACCAUGACAGAAUUAGUAAUGAUGAUAUUAAGAGUGCUUAGAUUCACGGCAGUUGUGAUUUCAAUAACUUUCUAUUUCCAUAAGGUGAUACGAACAUUCUUUAUCAUUUGUGAUAUUCUUACAUUCUCCCAGAAUUUCAUGAGAGAUGCAUUUACGUUUGUGGUUCAAGAUUAUGAAUUCUUAUUGAAAAGACAUGAAAUGAUAUAUAAACAUAAAGGAGACCAUUUAUAUUUCUUACAAUAUGAACCUGAUCUUUCAAGUUGGAGAAUCCUUUUCACGUCAACCAUUAAUUUACUUUCAUCAAUGUUAGUUACUGAUUGUACCUCCAAUGGUGAAGGGAAGUGUGAAUUGGUUAAAGAUAAUUUGAUCUUCAAGUUUUCGGAAGUGUUUCUUAAGUAUUAUCCAAACAUUAGCAUGUGGUUAUUGAAACUCCUAACUAUAAUUAUAUUCUUUACAUAUGCAUUAAUUGGGGAUUUCAUCUGUUUGAAUAUUGUUAUGUUGGUCGGUUAUAAUGUUCAUUAUAGAAUUGAGAAAUAUAAACAAGUAUUUCUGUCAUUGAAGAAUAUUAUAUGGACUACGAUAUUUAGGUUAAUGAUAUAA